UAAUUAAUACUUGCAACUUUUGAUUUGUUAGCGGCUCAUUGUCAAUCCAGAGUCAAUCACAGAGAGAGCACCAUUGGAAAAUGUCACACAACGUGGACGUGGAAAAGUGCUUAGAGGUGGCCAGCAACCUGGUUUCGGAAGCUGGAAGGCUCAUCGCUCGGAACAAUGAGCAGCGACAGGACUUCGUAUGCAAGAGCAAUGACAUCGACUUGGUGACCCAAACAGAUAAGGAUGUGGAGCAGCUGCUGAUGGACGGCAUUCGUCGCCACUUUCCGGAGCACAAGUUCAUCGGCGAGGAGGAAAGUAGCGGGGAGGAGGGUGUCAAGAAGCUGACCGAUGACCCCACCUGGAUCAUUGAUCCCGUGGACGGCACCAUGAACUUUGUGCACGCCUUUCCCCACUCUUGCAUCUCCGUUGGUCUGAAGGUGAACAAGGUCACGGAGCUGGGCCUGGUUUACAAUCCCAUCCUGGAGCAGCGUUUCACUGCGAGACGAGGGCAUGGAGCUUUCUACAACGGGCGCAGGAUACAUGUGAGCGGUCAGAAGGAACUGGGAAAAGCGCUGGUCACCAGUGAAUUCGGAACCACUCGGGACGAGGUCAAGAUGAAGGUCGUGCAUGAAAACUUCGAGAAGAUGGCCAAAAGGGCGCAUGGCUUACGCGUCCUUGGCUCGGCCGCCCUCAAUAUGUCGAUGGUUGCUCUGGGAGCCGCCGAUGCCAAUUAUGAAUUUGGAAUUCACGCCUGGGAUGUGUGUGCCGGAGACUUGAUUGUCCGGGAGGCAGGAGGAGUGGUCAUCGAUCCAACUGGCGGCGAAUUCGACAUCAUGUCGCGGAGGGUCCUGGCGGCAGCCACACCAGAGUUGGCCCAAGAGAUCUCUAAGGUGCUAACGCAGUUUCAUCCCCUACCUCGCGAUGAUUAAGUACCGGCGUUUGAGGUACCUAUAAAUAAGUCGAAAUGGGACUUAACUAACCAAAAGCAUUUUAAAUAUACCGACCAUGUACCUAACAGCGGAAUUGACUACGAAUAGUCAUGGAUAUUCCAAAUAAAAACGAUUGUUUAAUGUAAAAACUUA